AUGGGCUCGUCAUCUGGAUUGGUGGCUCGUAUGGAUUUCUCUGUUGGCGAAGAGUUCGAGCGUGAAGUUCAUCGUCGCUUUGGCGUCCAGGUGCACCAUGAUUCUCCUAGCCCUAGAGGCUCGUUUUUCUUGCUGGCUGCUUUUCGUCGUUUUCUCUUUCGGCUUACGGAAGACAGUGUCUCUCUGGCGCUCCAAUCCUGUCUGGGAGGGCUUGCAUCAAAGUUUCACGUGGUGGAACUUAGUCACAAUCAUUUCCGAUUCUCAGUGUCCUGCAAGGCUGUGGGUUUUCAUGUUUGUGCUUUGAGACGAUUCAUUGGUGAAACUUUUGAUGUUUAUUUUCAUCUGUUUAACAAUGGUGUUCCGCACUGGGAACGUGAGAAGAGAUUGUGGGAAGAAGAGGAGGCUAAAAAAUGGACGUUAGUUCUUUCUAAAUGUCAGAAACGCAAUGCCAAGUCUCAGUCUGCUAAUGCUUCUGCUAAGAAAGUUCGUUUUGCGCCUAAGCUUGUUCUUGCUUCUCCGGUCAAAAAAUUUGCUCCUCCUACUCCCAGAGUUCAGUUUAUUUCUUUUGGGGAGUUCAAAAUGUCGGUUGAUAUCUAUGAUUCUUCCUUCGAGCCCUUCACUGUUCUUCCCCCUGAGAAUGGUAGGGCUCUGCACAACUCUGCUCAGUUCAACUCAGUUCAGUUGGAGUUCGUUUCAGAGGACAGGUCAGUUCAGAAGACUGCCAGGCUGCCGCCCUUGGAUAGCUCGUUCAUUAAGUCUGCCUUGAAAAAGGAUAUUCUUUCGGCUAAUUUGAUUUCUGGCUCGAACAAUGGUAUGGAAGUGGACCAAGAUGCUGAAGAUGAUGAUCAGAUGGAGAUGGAUGUGGUGGAGAAUUGGGUCCCUCAGCACCCUGAUCAGCCACAGGAUAAUAUUACAUUCAAUCAGUCAGGCAGUACUACUAACUAUCUUAGGGCGACUGGCCCUGACAUUCAUCUGUCUGUGGAAGAAGUUCUUGCUGGAAUUCAGAACAGUGGUGGGUCCUCGUCCUCCAAUGACUCGGGUGUUGUGACCUCUGACAGAAGUGCACACCUGAUCAUUCCAUCAUUCAUUGUCAAGGCGUGUCAGAAGCUUGCUGUGGAUGAUAUUCUGGCAUUCACACGGGAGAAGAUGGUGCAGGAAUGGAAGGAAGAUGUUAAGAAGGCUAUCUGUUCAGUUGCCCCAGUCAUGGAUUGCAUUCUUAUCAGGCUGUGGGUUUUUCUGUUUGCUGACAAGGACGUUGCUCAGGGAAGGGUUCCUGUUAGGCCUAUAUCCAUCCCAGUGAUCGUUUUCAAGAAGCCGGGUUCUAAGACGCCGCUAGUUGACACUAUGGUUAGAAGGAGCUCGCGUCUGAAUCCUCAGGCUAAAGAUGGCUUUCAGAUUGUCAAAAUCAAAGAACCUGCCUCAAAAAGAAGGAAGACGGCGGCAUUGGUGACUGACCUGGAUCAGCCCCCCCAGAAUGCAGAAGAAGCUGCCAACCCGAUCCCACUCGACAACCUCCGCGAGUGGGGUGUCAAAUGCGGAGUGCCUCCUGAGGAGCUCUCGGAGGAUGCCCUUAUGCAAGGGCGCUCUGAAGAUCAGGAUUAA